AUGCAAACCCUACGCAUCAAGUUGAGUAAUGUACACUGUCAAAAGUGUGAAACAACCAUCAAAAAGGUUAUAUCACGAUUUUACAAAAUAAACGAAAUUGAGGCGAAUAUCGUUUCAGAACUGAAUAUUGAAGAGUUGUCUAAUAGGGAAGUAUUUUUUUACCUAAAAGAUGCAGAAGUGACCUUGUACGGAAGUAAUAUUAUCGAUUUCAAAAACGAUUUGAAAAAAGUGAUCAAGCAAUUGGAAAAGUCGGGGUUUGGUGUAACGAAAUGGGUUGUUGUUGACGAAAACGGCGACCAAAACUCAUUUGAGAAUGCUCAUGAUAUCGAAGUUGGGCCAGGAGAUGCUCCCCACCAUGAUGGCUUUUUUGAUAUUUGGGGAAUUUUCGAAAAAUAUCUGGCCUCCAAAUCAGCCAAAAAGCAUUUAAAGUAUUGUACCGUGUGCCAAAACAGCAAAGCAAGCAAAGCAAGCAAAACGAAUGAAACUAGUGACUCCUCGUCUGUUGAAACAAAAGUUGAAGUAUCUGAACCGGAGUUUAGAGCUUCCUUUAUGAUUACUGGAAUGACUUGUUCAUCCUGUGUUCAUACAGUGGAGGACGCACUUAAAGGACUACUUGGAGGAGACAAGGAUUCAGCUUCAAUGGGUGACGCUAACUAUUCGGUGAAUUUGCUUCAGCAAUCAGUAGUUGCUAUCAUCAAAAACAAACAAUUAAUCAAUCAGAUCAUUGAUCGUGUGAAUGACUUGGGAUUCGAAUGUAAGCUCAUUGAAGUGUUGCCAGUCCACAGAUCAAUAAACACGAGAAUAACUGCGUUAAUUGGAGGCAUGACGUGCGCUGCUUGCGCAAACUCAAUCGAAGCUGCGGUUAAAAACUUGCCUUUUGUUUUGGAAAGUGGUAUUAAUGUUGUGACUAAAAAUGCGCAAUUUGUUCUUGAAGAUGAUACACAUCAUGAAAACUUGCAAAAAUUGAAGGAAGCGGUUGAGGAUUGUGGGUUUGAUUUUGAAGUAGUCACCAAUGAAAAGAUCAACUUCACUUCAGCAAAGCAAAAACCAAGAACAAUCAAUAUUAAAGUUGAAGGAAUGUUUUGUGAUCAUUGCCCCGAAAUUAUUAUGAGCUAUCUAUUACGCUAUGGGGAUGCCAUUGUCGUACAUGACCCGAUUACUUUAAAGCAUCCAAUUAUCAAGUUUACAUAUGUUCCCAGCCGUAACGUGACUGCUCGUCAAAUUGUGUGGGAUUUGAAUCAUUUGAGAGAUGAUGGAACAGGAAACCAUACAAUUGAUAACGAGGGCGGAUCAUUCACUUGUGGGUUAGUGAAGCCUGUCUCUGUGGACGAGCAUAUCAAAAAGUUAGCCAGAAGUGAAGUGAUGAAUCUUGCUUUGCGAUUGGUGUUGGCUACAGUCUUUGCCAUUCCUACAUUUAUCUUUGGUAUUGUUGCCAUGUCAUUGCUAUCAAAACACCAUCCAUUUAGGGUUUGGGUAGAGGAACCAAUUUGGGUUGGUAAUGCAUCUCGUGCUAGUUGGAUAUUGCUCAUAUUAUCAACCCCAGUGUAUCUUUUUGCCGCUGACACUUUCCACCGUAAGGCAAUCAAGGAAAUCAAAUCAUUAUGGCUCCACAAAAACUCCUUCAAGAGUCGCUUGCUCAAGUUUGGAUCAAUGAAUUUGUUAAUGAGCUUGGGAACUACAGUAGCCUACUUUGCCAGUAUUGCUUUGUUAGCAUUGAGUGCAAAUCAAAAAGCUAAAACCCACAUGGGAUUUCAUACAACUUAUUUUGACUCAGUUGUUUUUUUGACAUUUUUUUUAUUGAUUGGAAAAUUGUUGCAAAGCUAUUCGAAGAGCAAAACUGCUGACGCUAUUUCCAAAUUGGCCACUUUGAAACAAAACACGGCCAUAGUAGUGGACGAAGUAGAGGGACAUUUUGAAAAUGACCAAGUCGUUGAUUUAGAGUUAUUGGAGGUUGGUGAUUACAUAAAGAUCGGCUCUGGCGAGUCGCCGCCAGUCGAUUGUGUCAUAUUAAACGGUGAAUCAAAUUUCGACGAAAGUGCAUUGACUGGUGAAUCAACACCGGUGAAGCAUAUCGAGGGCCACCAGAUUUUCUCGGGAACUGUUAAUAUUGGAAGCCACUCUAUCAUUGCCAAGGUGACCAGUUUGGAGGGUGAUUCUUUAUUGAGUCAAAUCAUUAAUACGGUCAGGGAUGGCCAACUUAAGAAAGCUCCCAUGGAGAGAACCGCCGACCUCAUAACAGGUUAUUUUGUACCUAUAAUAAUCACCGUUGCAAUAAUCACCUGGGUUAUCUGGCUCAGUUUAGGAUAUUCAGGCGUCUUGCCCCAAAGCUACCUCGACAUUGAUAUUGGCGGAUGGACUGUUUGGUCAUUGGAAUUUGCAAUUGCUGUGUUUGUUGUUGCAUGCCCUUGUGGUAUUGGAUUAGCCGCGCCUACCGCACUCUUUGUUGGUUCUGGUUUAGCCGCAAAGUAUGGUAUUUUAGCCAAGGGUGGUGGUGCUGCUUUUCAAGAUGGAGCAACAGCCAAUAUUGUUUGCUUUGAUAAAACAGGAACAUUGACCAGGGGAGAAUUGGCUGUGACAAAUUACUCCUUUGUUGAGAAGGAGCUGGCUUUGAAGCAAUUUUCACUACAAAUUGCAAGAGAUUUGGAAGUUGCAUCGUCGCACCCUCUAGCCAAAGCAACCAGAUUGUUUGCAGAGUAUUUAAGCCUCAAUAAGGGUAUUCCCUUGGUGGCUAAUAAAAUACCUCAAGUUGAAACUGUUCAUGGUCGUGGUUUAAGGGGUGAUUUUGUUUACAACGAUGGUGAAGAAAGUGAUUGGGGUAAAUUCCAGCCGACUGAAGCUAUACUAGGUAACGAAAAACUUUUUGAAGAGAAUGAUGUGUUAGUCAAUGACGAGCAGCAGACUCUCUUAACAAAAUGGAAAACAGAAUGUAAGUCAGUGAUGUUGGUUGGUUUGAAAUGCCCAACCUAUUUCAACGACGAUAAAAUUCAUUUGAUAUUUAUGAUGGCUGCUAGAGACCAAAUCCGACCAGAGACCAAAAAAGUUAUGGAAUAUUUCAAUUUGAAAAACAUUGACACAUGGAUGAUUACUGGGGACAAUUCGCUCACUGCAAAUGCUAUAGCAAAAGAAAUUGGCAUAACCAAUGUGGUUAGCGAGGUUUUGCCGGAUGAAAAAGAAGCUCAAAUCAAAAGAAUUCGUCAGUUGAAACAAAAUGACAGCAAUAAAUCCAAAUGUGUCAUUGCUAUGGUAGGUGAUGGUAUAAAUGAUGCUCCAGCACUCGCUGCUGCUGAUGUUGGAAUUGCCCUUAGUUCAGGUGCUGAUCUUGCUGUCACUUCGAGUGACUUCAUCUUGUUGAACAAGCUACACCCUUUGAUCUGCUUAGUAACAUUAUUUGAUUUAUCUCGAGUUGUAUUCCGUCGUGUCAAGUUCAAUUUUGCAUGGAGUUUGGUUUACAAUAUGAUUGGGUUGCCGAUUGCUGCUGGUGUGAUUUAUCCAUAUAGGAAUUCUCGAUUGGAUCCGGUUUGGGCUAGUGCAGCUAUGGCAUUGAGUUCAGUGAGUGUUGUGUUGAGUAGUUUGGCUUUAAGGCUCUACAAGCCAAAGUUGCAUGCUAAAGACUUUGAUUUGAAGGAAGACGAGGAGACAUUGCCCGAAGAGGAUUGA